UCGAAGAUCCAGAAGAAGAGCUUCCUGCUGGCCAUUGGCAAUUUGAGGGCCAUGAGGGUCACUAUCCAAAGAUGUUUCAAAGUGACAUCUACGACAUGGGCUUCACACCCACCACUACGUCCACAACAACGACCAUAUUCUCCAUGGUGCAAAUAUUGCCAAGUGUUCUUCUACCAAUGCAAGUGGGACCUGUUUGCAUUGCCUUUCGGCUUCCUUCCCCCAUGGAGGGUGGCCAAAUGCACGUGAUAUUCCCAUCCAUGUUUUCACUCCCAGAUCCUGGAGGAUACGGACGCCACCACUGGCUCUUUCACGGAUCAGUCAACCCUCUGGUUUUCCCGAACAUUUCAGCCAUGGCCAUGCCACUUCCAGGUGCAGAGGCUCAUCCUGAGAUGCACCUUUUGAGAAUAGUGUUCGAACCCUUAGCGACGUUAAUGCCGAUGGUGACCUACGCCUUCCAGUUCGAUAUCGUCAAUCCCCUUACCAAAAAUGCGACUCACAACAUGUGGCAACUUAGAACCUUCAGUGAAGAUGGCCAACCUUUGCAAACGCAGAAUAUCCAGGGCUAUGAACUGGAUAUGAACGAAACUGACAUCAAUGCCAGCCUUGUCCCAGUCUUUGUGCCAGAUGCAUUUCGAUCGGCUGCAGUCAUUCCACAUAGUGCUGAUGCUCUGAUGCAAACAGCAGUCUGCACAGCUUUUAGCUUGCCAACUGGGGCUUGCUCAUCGCCACAUGGAUGUGAACUACUCCUACACACGCCCGUGGGUUUUAUUCCCGAAGAUGAAUUCUGUGGCUCCACCUUUCAAAGAGGAGCAGGGGAAGCAAAGUUGGCAGAUGUCAGUCAUUUCCCCUUCCUGACUGGCACUGAACUCGGACUGCAUCCGCUGACUUCAUGCAACUCGUCCGUUCAGUCGAAUGGUGGCUCGAUCUACCACUUGAUCAUUCCUCCUGGAAGCCUGGUGGACGUGAGCAUCUACGCCUUCCAGUUCACAGUCGUGAACCCUGCUAGCCCUCCGACAGAGAACUCGUGGAUUUUGGAGCUGUGGAGCAGAAGUAUUUCAAGUGAUGGAUACCUCGAUUUACAUUUGACGCACCGAGAACAACUUACAGGAUAUACCGUCCUCACUGAAGCAGCAAAACUGUCCACCUUCCAGUAUGCGCGGGCAGAUCAUGCGUUUCAGGAACAGCAUCGGCCCAAGGAGUAUUCAGUGGCGGUGGAGUUCAAGCCACGAGCAAAUUGUGGAGGUUUCACCUGGUUGGGGUCUGCAGUAUUUGGCGUCUCAGUGUGCAUCACCCAGAUUGAAUUGCCUCUUGGCAGAUGUGCUCCAAACUGGGUUUAUGACCGACCAAGUGCAGGCAAAGGCUUCGACAGGUGCGUCAACACUACACUGUUUCCUUCCCUUGGAGGUUUGCGGUGCUUACCCACAGAUACUGUGAUGACACCCAAGAAGGAUGCAGGCGGCUGUUGGCUUGAGUUUCGUAGCUCAGUGCUCUAUGACACCUUUGACUACGUUUUUCAACUCCAAAUCAUUGCAGUAGAGCCGAUCUCCACUUCAGCCAACUUGUGGGGUAUGCGCACUUUCGAGAGUGGGCUGGAUUUGAUCAACUCCCAGCAGACUAUCGUGGGAUUUGUGGCUGAUACCACGACCACCACUACCACAACGUGGAACUUUGCAUAUGCCAGCAUUUACGAGCAUGUCGAAAGUGUGUUAGAGCCUGCAACGCUGUGCGUCACUUUUGAUGUUGAAGAAAGCUUUCUGCCAGAUCCGGCUCUACACAUCUACUUACCUUCCGGAUUUCGAAGCAUGUCACCCACCUGUCACCAUGAAAUCCAUGAAGUGAACUUGACACUCUUUCCGCAAUGUCUUGGUCAGCCCUUCGUGGCAAUGGCAUCACAGCAGGCUUCCUGUGAGGAGAUUUACGAUCCACGCCACUUGCGGUACUAUUUGAAGCUAUCAGUGCAAGGCGUCAGCAACGCCACCCUGGGCCACGCCUUUCAGUUUCAAGUGAAGGUACCGAGAGUCAGGCCUGAGAGCAAUUCCUGGAGCGUUGAUCUUCGAUAUAACGACAGAGUCUACGCCGCAGGCAUCAAUGGUUUUCUGAUCAGUGAGUGGCCCAACAAAUGCAAGUGUCUUUACCAAACAAGCCUCUUACCUGCCCAGCUCAUUGCUGAGUAUCCCGAUGAAUCUCCAGGGAAGUACGCCCACUUGUCAAGCAUCGACAUUUACGGCACCACCUGUGGAGUGUGGGACAUGAUGCCUCAAACACCUUGGUACAGUCACUGCUCAAAUGGAUCGGACUUUUCCAGUUCAUACUACGCCACUGCAUCGCACAACUGGUGCCAGUUGCCUUGGUGUUACGUUGAUGCAGGAUGCCCAACAGCAAGCGCCACACGGCUUUUCAAUGGCUCACUUCUUCACUACAGUUAUGACACGUGCGGGCGGACACCAGAUUGCUACAACAAUUUUGAGAGUGAAUCCCGUUGCCCCUAUGACCCGCAUGGAACUGGGAACUAUUUGAUUUUCAAGUCCAAUGGCUGUGAAUGCUUGUACCAUGGUUCUGAACUCCCAGAGAGUCUGUACGCAAAUCUUCCUCCAGUGCCUGGGCAGUAUGAGAACGUUUCAUACAUCCGCGUCACUGGUACUACCUGUGCUGCAUGGGAUCAGGUACCAGGCACCCCCUGGGCACAGUAUUGCCCGCCAACUGCAGACUGGUGCCAUUCAAACUACAAUUUUUGUCAGUUGCCUUGGUGCUUUGUUGGAGACAGUUGUGAGAGUAAGCUGAUGGCACAUGAAUUUUCUGGGUCACAAGCAGCAUACUACAGCUACGACACGUGUCUCUCGACGCCAGACUGUAAAACCAUGCCUUUUGAUGAUGCUUGUCCCUUUGACUCUGAAGACACUGGGUGGGCCACUGCGCAAGAAUGUCCGGAGAGUUGGUCUGAUGUUUGCGACUGUCUCUAUCAAGGGAACUUCUUGCCACCGGAACUGUACACUCAAUUUCCUGAAGAUGAGCCGGGCAAGUAUUCCAUGGUUCCAAAUAUUGCCAUCUAUGGCACCGCAUGCGCUGCUUGGGAUCAAGUCCCUGGUACACCUUGGUCACAUCAGUGUGCUCCUGGCUCAAACUGGCCAAGUCCCAAUUUUAAUUGGUGCCAGCUGCCUUGGUGCUUCGUUGACAAGCGGUGUGCUUCAAGGAUUCCAAGUGUGGUUUUUAAUGGUUCUAUGGCUUACUACAGCUAUGACGCCUGUGGCAAUGCCCCUGACUGCUACAACAACUUCGAAAGUGAACCUCGCUGCCCAUAUGAUCCCAGCGGCAGCGGUACUUUCAUGGUGCACAAGGGUAGCUGUGAAUGCUUGUUUCAGGGCCUUGAACUGCCGGUGUCUGUCUACAUGAGCUAUCCACUAGAACAGCCUGGUAGAUAUGCCAACCUGACCUACAUACGGAUCUUUGGUACUACCUGUGCUGCAUGGGAUCAGGCACCAGGCACCCCCUGGGCACAGUAUUGCCCGCCAACUGCAGACUGGUGCCAUUCAAACUACAAUUUUUGUCAGUUGCCUUGGUGCUUUGUUGGAGACAGUUGUGAGAGUAAGCUGAUGGCACAUGAAUUUUCUGGGUCACAAGCAGCAUACUACAGCUACGACACGUGUCUCUCGACGCCAGACUGUAAAACCAUGCCUUUUGAUGAUGCUUGUCCCUUUGACUCUGCAGACACUGGGUGGGCCACUGCGCAAGAAUGUCCGGAGAGUUGGUCUGAUGUUUGCGACUGUCUCUAUCAAGGGAACUUCUUGCCACCGGAACUGUACACUCAAUUUCCUGAAGAUGAGCCGGGCAAGUAUUCCAUGUUUCCAAAUAUUGCCAUCUAUGGCACCGCAUGCGCUGCUUGGGAUCAAGUCCCUGGUACACCUUGGUCACAUCAGUGUGCUCCUGGCUCAAACUGGCCAAGUCCCAAUUUUAAUUGGUGCCAGCUGCCUUGGUGCUUCGUUGACAAGCGGUGUGCUUCAAGGAUUCCAAGUGUGGUUUUUAAUGGUUCUAUGGCUUACUACAGCUAUGACGCCUGUGGCAAUGCCCCUGACUGCUACAACAACUUCGAAAGUGAACCUCGCUGCCCAUAUGAUCCCAGCGGCAGCGGUACUUUCAUGGUGCACAAGGGUAGCUGUGAAUGCUUGUUUCAGGGCCUUGAACUGCCGGUGUCUGUCUACACGAACUAUCCACUAGAACAGCCUGGUAGAUAUGCCAACCUGACCUACAUACGGAUCUUUGGUACUACCUGUGCUGCAUGGGAUCAGGUACCAGGCACCCCCUGGGCACAGUAUUGCCCGCCAACUGCAGACUGGUGCCAUUCAAACUACAAUUUUUGUCAGUUGCCUUGGUGCUUUGUUGGAGACAGUUGUGAGAGUAAGCUGAUGGCACAUGAAUUUUCUGGGUCACAAGCAGCAUACUACAGCUAUGACACGUGUCUCUCGACACCAGACUGUAAAACCAUGCCUUUUGAUGAUGCUUGUCCCUUUGACUCUGCAGACACGGGGUGGGCCACUGCGCAAGAAUGUCCAGAGAGUUGGUCUGAUGUUUGUGACUGUCUCUAUCAAGGGAACUUCUUGCCACCGGAGCUGUACACUCAAUUUCCUGAAGAUGAGCCGGGCAAGUAUUCCAUGGUUCCAAAUAUUGCCAUCUAUGGCACCGCAUGCUUGCCUUGGUGCUUCGUUGACAAGCGGUGCGCUUCAAGGAUUCCAAGUGUGGUUUUUAAUGGUUCUAUGGCUUACUACAGCUAUGACACCUGUGGUAACACUCCAGACUGCUACAAUGACUUUUCCAGUGACAAGCGCUGUCCCUAUGACCCCUAUGGAACCAAGAGCUACAAGGUACACAAGGGACAUAACUGCGAGUGCAUUUAUCAAGACACUGGGUGGGCCACUGCGCAAGAAUGUCCGGAGAGUUGGUCUGAUGUUUGUGACUGUCUCUAUCAAGGGAACUUCUUGCCACCGGAGCUGUACACUCAAUUUCCUGAAGAUGAGCCGGGCAAGUAUUCCAUGGUUCCAAAUAUUGCCAUCUAUGGCACCGCAUGCGCUGCUUGGGAUCAAGUCCCUGGUACACCUUGGUCACAUCAGUGUGCUCCUGGCUCAAACUGGUCAAGUCCCAAUUUUAAUUGGUGCCAGUUGCCUUGGUGCUUCGUUGACAAGCGGUGCGCUUCAAGGAUUCCAAGUGUGGUUUUUAAUGGUUCUAUGGCUUACUACAGCUAUGACACCUGUGGUAACACUCCAGACUGCUACAAUGACUUUUCCAGUGACAAGCGCUGUCCCUAUGACCCCUAUGGAACCAAGAGCUACAAGGCAUGUGACAGCAGGGUGCCAAGCAGCUUAUUUCAAGGUUCCUCGACUGCGGCAUACUACAGCUACGACACGUGUCUCUCGACACCAGACUGUAAAACCAUGCCUUUUGAUGAUGCUUGUCCCUUUGACUCUGUAGACACUGGGUGGGCCACUGCGCAAGAAUGUCCAGAGAGUUGGUCUGAUGUUUGUGACUGUCUUUAUCAAGGGAACUUCUUGCCACCGGAGCUGUACACUCAAUUUCCUGAAGAUGAGCCGGGCAAGUAUUCCAUGGUUCCAAAUAUUGCCAUCUAUGGCACCGCAUGCGCUGCUUGGGAUCAAGUCCCUGGUACACCUUGGUCACAUCAGUGUGCUCCUGGCUCAAACUGGUCAAGUCCCAAUUUUAACUGGUGCCAGUUGCCUUGGUGCUUCGUUGACAAGCGGUGCGCUUCAAGGAUUCCAAGUGUGGUUUUUAAUGGUUCUAUGGCUUACUACAGCUAUGACACCUGUGGUAACACUCCAGACUGCUACAAUGACUUUUCCAGUGACAAGCGCUGUCCCUAUGACCCCUAUGGAACCAAGAGCUACAAGGUACACAAGGGACAUAACUGCGAGUGUAUUUUGCAUGGGUCGCAUUUGCCUGCAGAUGUGUAUACCCUUUACCCACUGGGAGAGCCUGGCAAGUAUGCAAACUUGACACACAUCAGCGUUUAUGGCACCACAUGCGCUGCAUGGGACCAAAUGCCUAGCACCCCAUGGGCUCCCUACUGUCCGCGAGAUGCAGACUGGUGUCGCAGCGAAUUCAAUUUUUGCCAGCUGCCUUUUUGCUAUGUGACUGAGGCAUGUGACAGCAGGGUGCCAAGCAGCUUAUUUCAAGGUUCCUCGACUGCGGCAUACUACAGCUACGACACUUGUCUCUCGACACCAGACUGUAAAACCAUGCCUUUUGAUGAUGCUUGUCCCUUUGACUCUGCAGACACUGGGUGGGCCACUGCGCAAGAAUGUCCAGAGAGUUGGUCUGAUGUUUGUGACUGUCUCUAUCAAGGGAACUUCUUGCCACCGGAGCUGUACACUCAAUUUCCUGAAGAUGAGCCGGGCAAGUAUUCCAUGGUUCCAAAUAUUGCCAUCUAUGGCACCGCAUGCGCUGCUUGGGAUCAAGUCCCUGGUACACCUUGGUCACAUCAGUGUGCUCCUGGCUCAAACUGGUCAAGUCCCAAUUUUAAUUGGUGCCAGUUGCCUUGGUGCUUCGUUGACAAGCGGUGCGCUUCAAGGAUUCCAAGUGUGGUUUUUAAUGGUUCUAUGGCUUACUACAGCUAUGACACCUGUGGUAACACUCCAGACUGCUACAAUGACUUUUCCAGUGACAAGCGCUGUCCCUAUGACCCCUAUGGAACCAAGAGCUACAAGGUACACAAGGGACACAACUGCGAGUGUAUUUUGCAUGGGUCGCAUUUGCCUGCAGAUGUGUAUACCCUUUACCCACUGGGAGAGCCUGGCAAGUAUGCAAACUUGACACACAUCAGCGUUUAUGGCACCACAUGCGCUGCAUGGGACCAAAUGCCUAGCACCCCAUGGGCUCCCUACUGUCCGCGAGAUGCAGACUGGUGUCGCAGCGAAUUCAAUUUUUGCCAGCUGCCUUUUUGCUAUGUGAGCGCAGAGUGCCCCAGGAAGAUUCCAACCCGGAUUUGGCAUGGUGUUGCGAGUGGCCCAGCAGUGAAUAGCUCUAUGGCCUGUAUGGCUUCUCAUUUUAGCUACGACACGUGCUUGUCGACGCCGGACUGCUAUUCCCGGCCAUUUGAUGCAGCUUGCCCCUUUGACUGGGUCCAUUCAGGCUGGAGUACGCAGCAGAGGUGUCCAUACAGCUGGUCGGAUGUGUGCCAAUGCACAUAUCAGGGGCGCUUGUUGCCUCCCGAUCUUUACAUGAACUUUCCACUCGACUUUCCUGGGAAAUACCAGCACUUGCCAAAUAUCGCGGCUUGGCUGCAGGAACAUCGUUUUUUUUGA